AUGCCCCCAGAGCUGUUUGGGUCGGUGGAGCCCAUCCUGGCCGAGCUGCAGGAGGACGACGUCACCGUGUGGGUGCUGGGCRACGGCCCCUACCCGGCGGGCGCCGUCGCCCUCCAGCCGCUGCUGGACGAGGCCUCGGACGAGCUGGCGCCCGAGGACGCCUGGGUGCCCGAGGACAUGCAGGACACCUGCCUCUACAUCUUCACCUCGGGCACCACCGGGCUGCCCAAAGCCGCCCGCGUCAGCCACCUCAAGUCCAUCAUGUGCCUGAGCUUCUACGAGCUGGUGGGCGGGCGCAGCGGCGACGUGGUCUACCUGGCGCUGCCGCUCUACCACCUGGCCGGCUCGCUGCUGGGCGUCGUGGGCUGCCUGGGCAUCGGCGCCACCUGUGUGCUGAAGGGCAAGUUCUCAGCCAGCCAGUUCUGGGACGACUGCCGCGCCGAGGGCGUCACCGUCUUCCAGUACAUCGGGGAGCUCUGCCGCUACCUGGUCAACCAGCCGCCGCACCCCGGGGAGCGGGCGCACGGGCUGCGGCUGGCGGUGGGCAGCGGGCUGCGCCCGGACGUCUGGAGGGCCUUCGUGCAGCGCUUUGGCCCCGUGCGCGUCGUGGAGACCUACGGCCUCACCGAGGGCAACGUCACCCUCUUCAACUACACGGGCACCGUGGGCGCCGUGGGCCGCAGCAGCUUCAUCUACAAGCUCUUCUCGCCCUUCGAGCUCGUGCGCUACGACGUGGCCCGGGGCGCCCCGGUGCGCGACGCGGCCGGGCGCUGCAUCCGCGUGGGGCCCGGGGAGCCGGGGCUGCUCGUGGCGCCCGUGACGCCGCGCGCUCCCUUCCUGGGCUACGCGGGCAGCCCGCAGCUCUCGGAGCAGAAGCUGCUCCGGGACGUGUUUGCCGCCGGCGACGUCUACUUCAGCACCGGGGACCUGCUGGAGCAGGACGCCGCGCAGUUCGUCCGCUUCUGCGACCGCACCGGGGACACCUACAGGUGGAAGGGUGAGAACGUGGCCACCACCGAGGUGGCCGAGGCCCUGCUGGCCCACGAGGCGCUGCAAGAAGCCACCGUUUACGGCGUCACCGUCCCAGGCCACGAGGGCCGCGCCGGGAUGGCCGCCCUGGUGCUGCGGCCCGGCUGCCGCCUGGACGGCGCCCGGCUCUACCGGCACCUGCAGGAGCUGCUGCCGCCCUACGCGUGGCCCCGCUUCCUCCGGCUGCAGGAGCRCCUGGACAUGACGGAGACCUUCAAGCAGCAGAAGGGGCGGCUGGCGCGCGAGGGCUGCGACCCGGCGCGCGUGGCCGAGCCGCUGCUGGUGCUGGACGCGGCGGCGGGCGCCUACGUGGCGCUGGACACGCGGCGCUGGGCCGACAUCGCGGCCGGCCACCUGCGCCUCUAG